AGCGGACGCCGGCGGGCGUGCGGUGUGCACUUUCCAGCACUUUCGAUCCGCGUGAUCCGUGAAAAGCGCCGUUACCGUGCCGACAAAGCGGUGGGAAGGACGGAAGGCGCCGGGCGUGCGAUUUUUCGUGCCAGUAUAAUUCGGAUCGGCAAGAGGUAGUCGUCGGAUACGCGAGUGAGGUUACAAGUCGCGGGAGCGACUUACUCGCCGUGUGUGUCCACGUGCGUAGCUCCUUGCGCUUUUAGACGCUCGGUUCGAUGAACGAUAAUUGUGAGAUGCACGUUGAAUUGCGCUUUUCUAAAACGUCGAGUGUGUGAAACGGCAUUGGACGUCAGUGUGGUCAGUGCGAGUGAUGCGACCGUUUCGCGAGCUACCACGGAUGCGUCACGUGAGCCACCGGAGCAACGAGAACCCUGUGGAAGGAGUAAACAUUUAUACACAUGGACAAUGUCCGGUUGUGCAUGAGAAGAUACAUCUCUCGCGGGUGUAGAUACUCUCGUUCGUAACUCUUUCGUGUGUAUUUACAUAUCUUCGUCGGGCAACGUUCCGUGGCGCAAGUGAGACACGUGAACCCCGCGAAGUUGGCUGCGAGCGAAGGUCGACAGUGUUUACACAAACGGAGCGUAUUUUGGCGCGUGAGUGACCAGUGCGAAGUUCGUCGCUGACGAGGCGAAAAGACGCGGUGACGCGUAACGCGAACGGAGUUUGUCGUGCGUAAUUCGUGGCUCGUGAUCGUCGAUCCCGUCGUCCGGUGUGCUAGCUUCGAGUGGUGUCGAUCGUCGCCGAGUCGACGGUCGACGCAUUCGCCCCUCUCUCCGAUUAGGGUUCGCGACUCGCGCGACGUUUGUGUUCGUUCGAAGAUCGAGUGUAAUCGUGACAUAACCUUGACGCAGGACGGUCGCGGCUAGCCAACGUACGCGCGGCAGUUGGCGUCCUUCGACUCCUUCGCGAUUCCGGUCCGCGUGUCCGCGUCGUCGCGAGUAAUCGCGUCGCGGGAUCGCCUCCGCGAUGCCGCGGAUCCUCGUCGGUCGUCGCAUGGCUCGCGCCUGGCGCGAGGGACGUCAUUUUUGACGUCGGUUUCGUCGACGGGGAAAGGAUCUCGCCGGCCUCGAAAACGGCGGCGGCACUGUCCGAGACAACGGCGCCGGUCCUCGUCAUCAUCGUCGCCGUCGCGAUGGCCUACGUGCUCUGGCGUGUGUUCAUGAAGAAGUACUCCAAGGUGCGGCUGGGCCUCAGGAGUCUGCCGGUGAUACCGGCAGAUCGCCGGCCGCCGGAGAAAGAAGAGACGUGGACCUUGGCUGCUACCGAUCAGCAGGAUUCAUGCGUCUUUUUCGACGAUGCCGUCGACUCCAAGGCGAAAGACGCACAAAAUCCUGAGAAAACGCAAUUAAAACCGCCCGUGGAAGUAAUAUCGAGCGUGGACGCGAGCGAUAACACCGUGGACAACGCUUUGCCACGCAGCCAGGAGACCAGGAAGAGCAAGACCAAGAAAGUGAAGAGCUACCUGAAGAAAUGCAAGGGCGCCUUGUCGAAAAGUGAUGAGAGCGCCACGGAGAAGAGACGCCAGGAGAACUGCACUUCGUGGUACUUGGAGGACGUUCCAACCUGUGCGAGUCAGCAGGAAGAUCGUGACGAACCUCCCGAGAAGUACACGGAAUUCCCCGAAGAGAGACUCGAGGGGGCGGCCCGCGAUGCGGAGCCCGUCGAAGAUUCGCUCGAGGAGAAUUUCUCGAGGGGCGAGAACCUUGAGGAGACUUCGCGCGAGGCUCUCAUCAGGCUGUUGGAAGAGGAUCGUAGAGCCGAUCUUUGCAGAAGCAGGACGUCUUUGUACGAGGACGCCAGAGACGCGAAUCAGGAGCAAGCCAUCUCGGACGAGAAAACAAAGGAGUCGGAGCUUUUCCGUGAUGAAGAAAAGAAAGACGCGGCGGUCUCACUCGAGACAUUGACGACGGAAGACACGAAUCUGAAUAAGUGCGACUCGAGCGACACGUUGAUAGCGGAAGUUCCGGAAGCAACCGAGACCGCGACGGAUCUCAACUCGAGAGUGACGAUCGUUGUGAAAGAAGAGGAAAGCGCGUCGAAAGAGCCUGCGGACGAAGAGUUACCAGUUCCUGCAUGCUGCGGGAAUCGCGGAGACUUUGCUUCCCUGGUCCGGAAUUUGCUCGGACCGAUUUACGGCGACAGUGUUAUGAAUCUGCUGAUAAGACAAGCACGGGAUAUCCUAGUUUGCGCUUAUCAUGGCAACUUGGAGAACUUUGUCCGGACUUAUCUCUCACCUGCUGCAACUCUGUUAGCGGAAGUCAAGAAUGUCGCCUCCGAAACGGGAAACGAGGCGGUGGUGCCGGAGGGCUGGCCUCUGACGUUAGGCGGCAGCGGCCUGAUCCUGCAGCUGGGCGAGCUCGAGGCGUCCGCGCUGCGUCUCGGGGAAUGUUACCUCUGCGUACGCAGCGCGGCUGCUGCAACUGCAACUGCAACCACCUCGUCGGUCAGCGGCGCUACGACCGCCGGUGAAGCCGUCGAGCAAAAUACCGUUGAGAUAGCAGUAGUCUGGCGAACUACGUCGAUGAGGGCCCCGGGGAUCUUGGGUUGGGACCGUGAAGACGAGUUUAUGGACUGGCGGGACCUAACAAACAAGGGUCAGCCGAGCUCGUCGAAUACGGCGAGCGCAAAUCUUAGCGGAGCUCAGCCCUCGAGCGCGAUGAAGACCAACGGUCGUCCGCGACGAAGAUCGCGCGAGGAUGCGCGACCGAGGACGCGCGAGGCCAACAGAACCAGCAGCGCCGAACCUCGACGGGAGGAGGCCAAGUCGAUCGAUAGGCUGGAGCAGCAGUUCUGUCGCGAAAAUCGCGCGAUCGACGAGCCCGGUCACACCGCCACGGUGAUGAAGUCCAGGUCCGCGUCCAGCGUCGACGCUUGGAAGGAAGACCUCGACGGUGAAUUCGAUCGAGGCUCGAGUCGCAGAGCGCAUUACAAGAAUUCCUCUAGUCUUACCGGCGGCGGCGACGAGAGCCGCGCCAAAGUAAAGCGAUGCGCCAAGGUGGUCUCCCCCACAACGAUGGAAAAAUGGAAAGAGAGUAGCAGAUGCGAGAUGCGCAGCAGGUCGAUCGCACCGGGGGAUCUGAAGAGUCCCCUGCAAUUCGAGGAAAGCAUUUUGCGGCGGGACAACGUUGCCGACGAUUCGCUGAAGGAUCUCGAGGACAGAUUGCGAAACGCAGGAGGUCCGGACGACAUUAGCGACGAGGACCUGCCGGCGUACAUAGGCAGUCUGCUCGUCACCGUCGAGAGAAAGAUCGAGAGGGUUUCGCUCGACGAUAUGACGUUCCCCUGUCCGGCGUGUAGGAACAUAGACACGGACGAUCCGUUAUUGGGAUGCAGAUGCGCCGGCGACGAUUGCGGCUGCGGCGCUGGCGAGGAUAACUGCGAUUGUUCUUCCUCCGUCUCGCGGAAGGAACAAUUUUCGAAGAGCUUCGAAGUGGCGGGAAUCAAGCAUAUCGACAGCGACGACGAGGAGGAAGUACGGAUGGGAUUUGGAACCAAAAAGCGAGUUGACGAAGUAGCAUCACCGAGGACUAUUCAUGACUUACCGGAACACGUCCUCACAUGUGGCCUGUCGCUUCCCGGAUACUUGGACGUCGUCGGGAGACCGGUUAUCGAAUUCGAGGACAACGUAUCCACGAGGGAAACCCUUUCCAUUAGAGAGAUGUCGUCUUUUCUGCUCUACCUCGCUCGUCUACCCAGCUCCGAUCGCACAAGAGAUGGCUUCACUAUUUUCAUACGCGGCGAUUCUAAGGAGAGCCUGGAGCUCGUGGACGAAAUAAUGGUUCUGCUGCAGGGCAGGGUCAACGUGGCUCAGGCUCUCGUGCUUCGAAAUGCCGCAACAACGGAUGGCCUGAUCGAUUCUCUCUUACCUCUUAGUAGCGUCCAGACCGUCAUCGUGAAUGACGCCACUCUCUCAAAGUAUAUUCCCAGACGAGAAGAAAAUCACGACCAGAUGCAAUGGAUCGCUUUUUACAAGGAGUACGACAGCCUCAUGACGGAGUGGCAAUCGGCUGGUCGCAGAUUGGCCCUCGAAAUGUCGGAGCUGAAGGAAUGCACGAGCCUGUCCGGCACUUUGACGCCUCUCGGUCGGCUCCUCACGGACCCCACAUUGAGAAGAACGUCUAGAGAUGCCGAAGAGGCCAUCGCCGCGCUCGAGGAACGCGCGGCUCCAUUUCUGCACAUCGAGCACGUUAGAUUGUCGGUGAAACGAGCCCGAAGACUGGUGGAGGAGGUGGGUAAGGCCGCCACCAGGCUGGAGUCAUCGUUCGAGUCGCGACGCGCGACUAUCCGCAAUCUCGCGGUUCUACGGAGCAUCGAGGAUCAAGCGCACGAGAUAUUAUCGUGGUUUUGCAAAAAAGGCGAGGACAUUCUGGCGAAGCACGCACAACACUCAGCGACGAAUUUGUCGUCGGCGCGUCUUCACGAGCGAGAAUUCGAAAAGUUUUACUUCACGUCGAUGAGACACCUGGACAAGGGAAGCGAUCUUGCCGAGGCGGCGAGCGCGAGCGGACUUCGCGAGCUCGCAAGAUCUUUGAAGCAGCAUCUACGAGGAUUCGGUUCCCGCUUGGAGGAUAGACGAGAAUACUUGGAGGACACGUCGAGAUGCUGUCUCUUGCAGGAUCGCGCUUACGAGUGGGCGCAGGAGGCUCGCCUGGCGAGCGAGAGAAGGUCUCAGCAAUUCUUGAUGGCGAGGCCGCCUCUACCGCCCGAACACUUCACCGAGAUGAUGGCCCUGGCGGAGAAGCUCGGUAACGAAGUCCUCCUGGAGCAAUGUCGUAUCGCCCGGAACAAGUGCGCGGAGGCCCUCGAGAUCGCUAGGUCCACGUCCGCUCCGGGAAGUCCCGCGAGGAGAAGAUCUUUCACCGCUUCCGAAUCGACUUCUUGGGACGACACCUUGGCCAAAAGAACGUCCUGGGAUGAUAGCGACAGCAGUGCAUCUUACGCUUGUCCGAUGGAAAGCGUAGGAUCAGCUGGUAGCAGUGGUCGGCCGGUGCUGGACAACAUUGCCGAACUUCGAGAGAGUGCCGAGCAACUUCUGGACUGCUCGCCGCCGCGUACACCUCCGCGAAGUCCGGCACCACGAAGACUGGUUAAGCCGCCAGUGAACUCGCACCUCCACAGAUCAGCCAGCAUCGCGCCAGGAAUGAAAGCGAAAAAAACAAUACUGCUCAUAAUGAGGGAGAUGAUACAGACUGAACGAGACUAUGUGAAGUCCCUCGAGUAUAUAAUAGAGAACUAUAUUCCGGAACUCGUGCGGGAAGACAUCCCGCAAGCUCUCAGAGGACAGAGAAACGUGAUCUUCGGGAAUGUUGAGAAGAUAUACGAGUUUCACAGUCAACACUUUCUACGCGAACUGGAGCAGUGCGAGCAAUCGCCCAUGCUGGUGGGACAAUGCUUCCUCCGACACGAGAAGAAAUUUUAUCUUUACGCCUUGUACAAUAAGAAUAAACCAAAUUCGGAUUCGCUAAUGGCGGAAUACGGCACCAGCUUCUUUAAACAGAAACAAUUAGAGUUGGGAGAUAAAAUGGACUUAGCUAGUUAUUUACUGAAGCCAGUUCAGCGAAUGGGAAAAUACGCUUUGCUACUUCAGCAGCUGGUCAAAGCCGGCACAGAUUUAUCGGAACAAUUGUCCGGCAAAGAAGAAAAAGAUGACAAGGAAGAUGGCAUGAAACCGAUGGUCGAAGGUGAAGCGGAUUUGAGGGCUGCCGAGCAGAUGGUGCGAUUUCAGCUUCGACAUGGAAACGAUCUUUUGGCGAUGGAUUCGCUUCGCGAUUGUGACGUAAAUGUAAAAGAACAAGGCAGACUGCUGCGGCAAAACGAAUUUUUAGUAUGGCAAGGAAAAGGCAAAAAAUGCUUACGUCAAGUCUUCCUGUUUGAAGAUCUUAUACUCUUCAGUAAAGCAAGAAGAUUCCCCGAUAGAAAGAACCUUGAUAUUUACAUCUAUAAACAUAGCAUUAAGACGACAGAUAUCGGUUUGACUGCCGUUAUCGCAGACUCGCCUACAAAAUUCGAGAUCUGGUUCCGUAAGAGAAAACCAGGAGAUACAUAUACGUUACAAUGUGCGAGUGAAGAUAUUAAGAAAGCCUGGACUGAAGAACUAAGCAACCUCCUGUGGAAGCAGGCGCUUCGAAACAGAGAAGUGCGCCUGGCAGAGAUGUCGAGCAUGGGCAUUGGGAAUAAGCCGUGUUUAGAUAUAAGGCCUAGUGCAGAUCAAAUAAACGAUCGAUCCAUCAGCGUAGCUCAACUCUCUAAGACACCUAGAUUUAGAAACUCUAUAGCGGUAUCAAUGACGGAGGACUCCAGUCGUUGCAGCAGAAGGCCGCAUAGUGUAAUUUCCGUUAGUUCGUCAUCGAGCAGCGGUGGAAGCAGCGGCCCUCCGACGACGCUUAAUCUUGGAUUAGACACGAGUCCACGACCGCAUCAUCGUAGUACUACACUGAAUAGCCAAUGUAGCGUCGAAAGUGGUAUUAUCGCUGACAUCUCAAUCGUGUCGGAUGAUGGAGGCGAUGGCACCGAAAGAAGUCAUUGGAAUUCAACUCUGGAAAGUCCUACGUCCUUACCUACGACUUCUACCCCACUGCAAUCGCCAACUAGCGCAACAGCGGUAACAGUUACCCCUGCUUCCUCAACAGAUACGAAUCUCACAUCUUAUGAUCAAGACAUGUCUAUUAAUCUAUAAAUUUGUCUCGAUACGGGGAGCAUCAAGAAAAAGCGAGUUUAUCAUUAAUUCAUUUGCAAGUUUAUGUUACGAUUCAAGUUGUGUUACGAUGCAAAUUUGUAGUGUGAUACGACAGAUACGUAACACAUUAUCGUGGCAUAUUUAAAUAGAUACAAUGAGGUAAUAUCGUUACACGCGUACUGUAGCACUAGAAUACAUUGCAUCCUUGAGCAAUUAUAGUUUAACGUAAUGAGGAAAAAUAUAAAGUCGCAUGCAACUCGGUAGGUCGCCGCAUUACGCUUAACACGUGUGCCCAGCUACGAACUUGUAAUCACAUUACAUAAACGUAGAUUUUUAUCUUAAAGUUGCGGAGAUGAGAUACCGAAUUUGAACACAUUUAACUUUCAAAUGAAUCCGUCUGUAAAUCUAUCUUUUGAUACGCUUCGAAAUAUCCACAGAUUUAUGAGGACGUAAAGCUAUUACUUGUGAAGCUCACUGAUAACUGGUGAUAAUAACUUCUGAAGUAAUGGCAAACGUGUAUUUUCUUAUUCCGUCUAUUAAUUUUAUCAACGUGCUCAAGACUACGCGAAAUAAAUAUUGUUCUAUCAAAUGUACGUUUAUAUGUCGAGGUAUGCUACAGUACCACAAACGAUAUGCACUUGUCGCUAUCCUCAUUUACAUUGGCAUUCCUGAGCGGAAAAUUUCCGAUGACUUGUAAGAGAGCGAGAGAAAGAGAAGAGAGUUUUAUACAUUUAUUUAUAAAUAUAUUAUAGUUAAUAAAUAGUAAUAUUUCAAUUCCACAUUGUGUUCGCGCUUAUUGUAUUAUAUUAAAGAAAAUAUAUUAUCAUACAUCUCUUUAAGAACGUGAUUCAUGCAGGAAUUGGAAAAAAUGUAUAUUUUCCUUAAUUAUUAUCCAUUAUAUCGAUGCUGUCUUUCAAGGAGAUGCAUCUAAUAAGUUGAUUAUGGAUUAUUCAGGAAUGUCAAAUCAAUGCGCACACAUACAUACCAAUUUGUAAUAUAAUGUAAUAUCAAAGGUUUAUACAUUGUAGCCACACAAGUAAUAUAACCAAUAGUCUAUAUAUUAUAUAUUUCCAGAUUAUAUAUCAAAUAUAUAUAUAUAUAAAUAUUAUAUAUAUUAUAUUCUUUUUAUGUCAGAGUCAUUUGUAAAACCUUUUAUCACCCGUCGUAGAGGUAAAUCCAACUCUGGCCUGUACUCGAAAGCCAAAUUUCUCUUCUUUUUACGAAAUACUAUUAUAUUUAAGAAAUAAAUUUGUUCUUAUACACGUGUGGAUAAAUGUUUUGGAACAGCUUAGGAACAUUUAGAAUGGUAAGCUUGCCUUAAGACAAUCCACACUAUAUAUUCCAAUAUUUUUUUUUUAUAAAUCAAUUAAUUUAACUAUGCAGAAUCGCUCAUAUUUCUUUACCGAAUUGUAUAUAUAAUAACAUAUUAGUGUUGAAAACUAUAAAACUUGGAAACCAUUUUAAAAGAUAAUAUUUGAAAAAAAUGAAAAUCAUUUUUGUGAAUCUAGAAUCUCUAUAAUCUCUUGGAGUAAGUGAGUGAAAUAAUAGCUGUUUGCCAAUAUGUGAUUCUGCAUUGUUACACUUGCUUCCAAAUAAGUCGUUAAUUAGCCAUCUUUAUUGCCAAGGUCUGUCAAGGUAUUGCAAGUACCUUAUGGAUAGUGACCAAAUCAUUUAUUUCGUAUCUUUUGCGUGAGGACAAAAGUCGCAAGUAUUUAGAAGUGUAGACGUAGAUUAUAGAGUAUUACAAAGAACUGGCAUAGUCCGAUGCACCCUAUUUUAUUAGGAAUUAUAUUUAAUCGCAAAUUACUAUGAUUUCUAAUCAAAUGUAAUUGUGUUUACCUGAAUUUAAACUAUGACAUUAAUAUGCCAUACGUACAUCGGUGCACCUGGCUGAGCAUCCCAAGCUUCGAAAGUAAAACUAAGCGAAAGAAAGUAAACAAUCUCUAUUUUCCACAUGUCUGUGAAUGCGUGUUUGGUGUUGCUUUUGAAUUAGGGAUGUGGAGUAACAAUAAUAACCUUAGUACCUUAUAAGAAAAUAUGCCGAUAGUCACUUAAUAUUACAUCUUCUUAGAUAUUUAUUAUAAUAUUUUUUUAAGUAGAACAUUUUAGUCUCUAGAUUAAGUAUUUCCAUUAUAAAUGAAAUGUAUAUAUUACAUUUAAUAACACACGAUUAUUUCAGUAUUGUACCAUGUCUAUAACACCGAUGUAUUUUAUUACUUGCUAAAUAUACUGUAUUGGGUGCCUUUUGUAGAGAA